AUGGCGGACAAGGUGGAGAUACCCACUGUGGGGCUGACACAGGUCGUUGAGCGCCUAACCGAGCGGCGCAUUGCCGUGGAGAAGGCCGUCACGACGCUCGGCGAGGCGCCCUCGGGCCUGCGCGACGUUUUUGAGCUCUGCCGCGGCUUCGAGCGCGCCUUCACCAACAUAGUCAAUGAGUCCCCCGCGGCCAACAAGAUCAAGGAGGCGUUCUUCAGUGACAGGGGGCUCGCGGGCAACGUGGCCAAGCUGCCCCUGGAGAAGGUGUUUGAAAUCGAGAGCGUAAAGAAGAUCACGCGGACAGCGGAUGGCUACCAGCCCCACAUGGUGUCCCCUGAGCGCGGCCUGCGCCUCAUGGCCGCCAAGGCCCUGGACCAGGUGGAGGGCCCCGUCAUCCAGUGUGUGUCUGCAGUGUACUCGAUGCUCGUCAGCGCCGCGCGCGAGGCGGCCGCGGCGGCGGGUGACCACACGGAGGCGGCCAUGAGCGGCAAGGUGCCUCUCAACGUGCCGGAGUUCAAGAACGUGGUGAUGCCCGCGGUGGUGCGCGCGCUGGACGAGUGGCGGCACGACGCAGAGAAGAGUGAGGGGCGGGGACGGGGCAAGGGGAGGGGGCAAGGGGAGGGGAAAAAGGGAGGGAGAGAAUGGCGAAGCUUCUUUGGGUGA